CGACUACUUGUACAGAAAUAUAAUAACCACGGUCAAGAUAUCUUCUGAUAAAAACCAUAUGUUUAUUUGUUUUUUUUUUAUCAGUCGAAACACGAUAGUUGAUAAGAGCGUAGAGUAGGUAGUUAUGCUAUCGUGUUUUUCUCACUCGAGAGAACAAUUUAUUAAAUAAUCGUCUUCGUUUAAAUCUAAACAACAAAUAAAGAUUAAUACGUUUAAAAUGGCCAUGCACUCCGCAGUAAAGGGUAAAUUAUUGGCCGUGAUCGGUGACGAAGUAAGUACGAAUAAGUAAAUUCAUUAUUGUAUUUGUCUUGCGAAAUCGACCGUCGUGUUGUAUUCGCGAAGAGGACCCGCCCUUUUUGGAUGGCACACGUUUUUCCUUUUCGUCUUAUGUUACUCAAAAUCGUUUGUCCAACCAUUAAAAAAGACAUAUGGUGUUGUACGCCAUGGUGUUUAGUUCGAUUUUUUGUUUUAGGACACUUGUGUUGGUUUUCUGUUGGGUGGUAUUGGUGAGAUAAACAAACACAGGCACUCAAAUUUUAUGGUCGUCGACAAAAGUAAUGUCGAUUACAAAACGUGCAGUUCAUACUGCAUAGACAGUUUGUAAUUGUAUUUUAUCUAUGUUUAGAUACGGCGAUAAUUGAUAUCGAAGAAUGUUUCAAAGGGUUUGUGAAACGGGAUGACAUUGAUAUUAUACUCAUAAAUCAAAAUGUAUGUGAUAUAUAUAAUUCCAAAAACAUUAAAACUGAGAAUAUAUUUAAAUUUUGAUUGUUAUAAUAGGUUGCUGAAUUGAUCCGUCAUGUAAUUGAUGGACAUACGCAGCCAAUCCCAGCUGUUCUUGAAAUUCCAUCAAAGGAUCAUCCGUACGAUGCUAGUAAAGAUUCAAUUUUACGUCGUGCCAAGGUGUGUACAAUUUUAAUAAUCUUUAUUUGAAAUUAUAAAUGGCUAUAAUAAUUUGAUUAUUGAUUAUAGGGAAUGUUUAAUCCAGAGGACGUAUGAAAAAUUCAUUCACCAAAUUAUAUUUAUGUCAUUGUUUUUUUUGUUAGAUUGGUCACUUUUAUUUUAACAUUCCAUUUCUAAUUAUUUUAUCCAAAAUAUAUUCAGAAAAUGUAUAUUAAAGAAAAAAAUUGUAUUAUUUAUUAAGUUUUAAUAAUAGUUUUUAUUACCACAUUGAACUAAUGCCUAUAAUGCCAUUGUUUUGUAAAAUGUAUAUUAUUCCUAUUUCACAAUGAAAUAAACAAUUAUAUAAAUUCUAUCAGUCAUCAAGAUGGCAUACAAAAGUAACCAGGGGCCAUAUGACCCACAUUACUUUUGUACAUCAGUAGGUAGUUAGAACCACAACUACUGGGUAGUGGACAUCUUAAAAGUAAACCAUAUGUAUAGGUCAUACAAACAACUUUAAUGUAUAUGAGCCAUGCAUUUUUUUUUAAAAAAAGUGAGAUUUUAAAACUUCUUUGAUGACCAAAAUAUAUUCUAUUAUGUACAAUAAAAUCCAUAUUAUAUAUAUAAAAAAAAAACCAAGAGCUUUUGUUGUUUUAAAUGAUAGUAAUAUUAUGUUGUCAUAAAAUAAGUUUAACAAAAAAUUUA